AUGCAGUUGGAAUCAGCCUACCGGCUGCUACAAGCAGAGGAAAAACAACAACAACGAAAUACCAGCCUCUUGUUGCAGAAAGUUUCCUGUCCCUUUAUUAAAGCGCGAAGGGCAGAGGAAAAACCGGCCCGGCGACACUGUGGAGCAACACUGCCACCUGCAGGCCACAGAAACCGAAACGCCGCAAGCCCGGAAGAAAAGUCGUCGCUCCUGCUGGGUUUUCGCGCAGAGGACUGGACGGCGGGGCUGCGAAAGUUAAGGGAGACGCCCGUAAGGACGAGAGAAAGGAAGGGAAUCUCUCGAAGGGGUCCGGCCACACCACCCCUGGACUGCGAGCCGUCCGCGGAACCAUAG